CCCUCCUCCCCCCACAGCCGCUCUGUCGGAUCUCGGCUCGGUCCCGGCUCGAUGUCCUCCCGCUCCCAACGCGGCCCCGCCGCCGUCUCCCGGGGUUCGGUGCCGCAGCGGAGUCGCUCCGCGCCCCGCAGGACACGGACAUCCAGAAGAAGAUCGACCAUGAGAUCCGCAUGCGGGAGGGCGCCUGCAAGCUGCUGGCUGCCUGCACGCAGCGGGAGCAGGCGCUGGAGGCCACCAAGAGCCUGCAGGUCUGCAACAGCCGCAUCCUGGCCUACAUGGCCGAGCUGCAGCGCAUGAAGGAGGCGCAGGUGAUGCAGCGCGCGGCCAGGCGCCCCUCGGAUGCCGGACCCACGGAUGAGCGGCUGCCCUGCAGGGGGAGGGUCUGCGUCUCAGACCUGCGCAUCCCACUGAUGUGGAAGGACACGGAGUAUUUCAGGAACAAAGGGGAGCUGCACCGCUGCGCCGUCUUCUGCCUCCUGCAGCUUGGAGUGGAGAUCUACGACACCGAGAUGGUGCUGGUGGAUCGCACGCUCACCGACAUCUGCUUCGAGAACGCUGUGCUCUUCUCGGAGGCCGGGCCGGACUUCCUGCUGAAGGUGGAGCUGUACAGCGCGGGGCUGGGGGAGGAGGUGGGGGGCAGCGCACCCAGGAAGUUGGCCAGCAAACUCAGCAGCUCCUUGGGCCGCUCCGCCGGGCGCCGCCUGCGGGCCAACAUGGAGGGGGGACCCCACAGCCCCACAGCCAACGGGGGGGGAGCCCUGCUGCUGCCUGCACCCAGUGUGCCGGGCCCCAAAUAUCACCUGCUGGCACACACCGUGCUGUCCCUGGCGGAGGUGCAGGAUGGAUUCCGCACACACGACCUGGCCAUGGCCUGCAGCGAGGAGAGCUCCUUCUGGCUGCCGCUGUAUGGCAGCAUGUGCUGCCGCCUGGCUGCCCAGCCCCACUGCAUGGCUGCACAGGUGAUGUGUGGCUUCCUGAAGGUGCAGCCGGCGCCGGGUGACCCGCAGGGCUGGGCGCGGCUGUUCUGCGUGUUGCGCGGCACCAACCUGCUGUGCUACCGCCGGGCGCAGGAGGCGGAGGGCGGCGUGCAACCAGCGCUCACCAUCGCCAUCAACAAGGAGACGCGGAUCCGCGCCACGGAGCAGGAGGCGCGGGGCAAAUUGCACAGUGUGACCGUCACCAACCGCUACGGGGCCGAGGAGGUGACACACACGCUGCUGCCCGAGAGCCGCGGCGACACGCAGCGCUGGAUGGAGGCGUUUUGGCAGCACUUCUACGACAUGAGUCAAUGGAAGCAAUGCUGUGACGAGCUGAUGCGCAUCGAUGCUCCCCCCCCGCGCCGGCCGCCCGCCCCGCUGCCCCGCCAGGGAUCGUUGUACCACGAGAUGGCUAUUGACCCUUCCGACGACAUCGAGGCGGUGACGGACAUCCUGACCCGGCGCGCUGCGGUGCUGGCGGGGGGGGCCCGGGGCUGCCCCCCGUGGCUCUCCCUGUUCGAGGGCCACCACCCCCCGCACGCCGCCCCCCCCCCCGGCUGCAGCCCCCGGCCCCGUGCCCGGCCCCGCACGCUGUCGCUGGACGCGAAGCUCAGCAGCCUGAAGGGCCGAGGCGGAACCCGACGCGCCCCCUCCCCGCGCCCCGCCCGACCCGGCUCCGGCUCUUCCAGCCCCGGCAGCUCCAGCCCCGACACCGAACGCUCCGCCCCCCCGCGCCCUCCCGGCCGCCUCCAGUCCCAGGUGUGAGCUCGGCACCCCCGGGGGGAUCUGGGGAGGGGGCACCGCAGGGACGCGCCCCGGGUCGGGUCGGGGAUCCCGGUGCUCAGGGCCGCUCUUCUUGGGGAGAAACUGGAACGUCCGGCGCUGGGAGGGAUUGGGGGGGGGGGGGGUCGCUCGGAGCCGCAGGGUGGGCUCGGGGCUCCCCCCCUCCCGGAUGGUGCUCAGGGCUGACUCCUCGCAAUGGGUGGGCGUGGGUCCAGCCCUGGGGGGGUCGGGGCCCCCCCGCUUUAUGCCUCACACUCCUAACCGUGGCCAGGACCAGCCAAAGCUCCACCUCGUCCAUGUGCAUUAAAAUUUAUUUAACA